GUUUGACGGCAAAACGCGCUACUGAUGAGGAGGGCCAAAAGAGGAGGCCCAGGUGGAAGAAGUCACCCUUGGUUAAACCUCUGCAAAAACAAUUCAGAAUUAAGAAAGUUGUUACCAGUCUACUUUUCCAACAUUGCUCACAAUCAUAAUUUGGUGUCUUCGGAAUAUAGUGAAAACAGUGCGAGUGACAUCAAAUUGAAUACCCUAUGCAGUUCAUCUCAGAACCAACAAGGCGCUUUAAAGGAGAUCGGUAAUAGCUCAGGUGCUGGAAAAAUAAGAGAGGGCAGCUUUUCUCAACAUAGCUCUCUAUUUCACAUAGAUGAAGACGCUACAGCGAAAUUGCAUCAGCUUAUAAACUUUUCACUAAUAUCUAAGUCUCUAAAUCUUAGUCCUAUACACUGGAAAUCUGUUCCUCAACUUUAUGGUAUUAAGAACAAACACAAUUCUGCUAUUUGUGGAGUUGUAAUAAAAAGGAAAAAGAACAAAAAGACCUCUCAAGCUUCUAUUUCCGGACGUACAUCAGUGGAAAAACGCAAAGAGAAAAAGAAGUUUAUUAAAUCAGAGGAUGCCAACGUACUCCCUCAGUCAACUGAAAAGCACACAAAUACUUCUAAACAAUCUAUUGCAGUCAAAAAUAUCGAAUCAAAAAAUGUGAGCCGUCAGUUACCAACUGUAUCUGAAGAUAAUGUAUCUGAGGACCUGACAUCCUCUUCAGUUGGGAAGCGCCAACGACGUCUCACGGCUAGAGCCGCUGAAGCAAUAGCACAAGCGUCUCUGCGAAAGUCUCGAAAAUCUUUAGCCGGAAUUUCAUGCAACAAAAGUAAAGUCUUUUCCGAUGAUGAGAAACCAGGAUCAGAGAACGAAAACAAAACUGUGGAUGCGUUUAAAACUACCACUAAGGAAGUAGCAAGUAACAUCAUCACUCCUAAUAAACAGUUUGAUCCUCCUGCCACAAGUCCAUGCGGUAAAGCCAUAUUACCUUCAAAAGAAGGAAAAAUCGACCUGAAAACGAAAGAUAAUAAAUCUUUGGAUGCGACCAGCAAAAAUGUGUCUUCUCCUACACCUACAGUAGUUGGUGAGUGUACUUCCGCACCAGAAAGCUCAUGUAAUGAAACCCUAAUUGUACCUGAUCCGUUGUCUCACAUAGACAAAGACAUAUCAUUAAACCUUGUGCGAAAUGAGAGUUUUAGUGAAAUCACAACGGUUGAAUCCACUACAGAAGACCAACUUCACGAUUUAGUGACAAAUCCAUCUAGCAAUAACGAACAUUUGCCAGAUAUUCGCAAAUCAGAAAGCCACAACGAAUCGUUAGGUGUUCUUGAUGAUUUAAUUAAAGAAACCCUGACAGUUUUGGAAAGUAAUCCAGUCGAACAGCAGGAGAUAUGUGGGGUUAAAAGUCCAUACAUUCAGCCCUCUUCCGAUACCUUAAUAACCAAAGAAAGCAGAAAUCAAGCAGAGAUGUCCGAUGGGUUGAUCAGUAAGACAACAGUAGAAGGCGAAAUACUCGUUCAAAAUGAUCUUGUUACUAAAAUUCAACUGGAAUCGCUUGGAGAAAAAGAAUCAGAGGUUUUAGUUAAAACAGAUGUAAACUUUGAAACUAAAGAAACUAAGCUUAAUGAUGAAGCUUCAGAUAUUAAUGGUCAAGAGCAAGCUGAAGUGAAUGAUGAAAAUGACAAAAAUAUGGAGUCGAAUUCAUUUGAGGAUUCCGCAAGUACACCACCAAUGAAAUCUGAUGUACAGGUCCCUACAGCUACUAAGCUUACCAAAUCUAGAGCUCAUAAACGUAGCCCAUCUCCAACCGAUGUACCCAUUAUUCGGAGUAAACGUCGUUUGAAAGUUAAUCAUCGUUUUCUGGAUGAUUAUGAUGGCUACUUAGGCUUCAUAAGUGGUGGACGUCGAAGUAGAGCUUCCUCAGAGGUAAGUAAUGGUUCUGAAGGUAGUAGUAGUCGGAAUAUGGAACAUUCCACACGAACUACUCACACAGCCUUAUGUCACGAUAAGAAGAAUUCAAAUGAGAAAGUGAAGAAAGUCAGUCAUAGGAAUUUGAUUGAAACUUCAACUAAAUCAUCUAAAGGAUAUAAAUCAAAUGAUAUUAUGAAUAGUAAACACGAAGACAAAAAUGGAAAUCGACCAGUUACAGGACUUAGACCUCGUGUAAAGCAAGUCAGCAGACCAUCUAUUAAUCGUGAAGACAGUCGUUAUUCAUCGACUUUAUCGGCUAUGAUACACGCUGCGCGUUUAGCCGCUGUUGGCGCUAAGGUUCCUGGAGGUGUUAGUCCUGUGCAUGCAGCUUUAGCUGCUUCUGCUGCUCAUUCAAAUAGGAUGAAAGAGAAGCAUCCUGCUUCCAAACAGGACGAUGCUCAAGUAACUGGUCAAUCAGUUGCUCUACAAAAUGCACUUCAUCCUAAUAGACCUGGGUCUACUAGUCAACAUUCAACGCAUUUACCGAAUCGUUGCGGACAAUGUCCAGCAUGUUUAGGACUUAUUCAACCGUGUGGACGUUGUAAUGAUUGUCGCUUGGUUGACAGUAAUGAUCCACGAGGAAGACCUUGCAGGGAACUCAUAUGUUUUAGACGUCGUGCUGCAGCUGCCGCUUCUGAUCAAAAUAUAAAGUCAGGUCCAAGGGUUAAAUUUCCAUCAAAUUAUCCUUCACCUGGUUCAACUUCCAACUUACCUAUCAGUGGAUAUAAAGGUGCUUUAUCAAUGAAUCUUACUAAUCAUACAAAUAAUCGAUCUAAUCUUAGUAAAUCUGAAGAUGAACCUGAUGAAUCAGUUAGUUUAUUACAAACUGUACCUGGAUUAGCACAACAACUUGAGCUAGAUGCAUGGUUACCGUCUAGUCAUUCUCGAAAAGUUCACGCCAAUGGAUUAAAUCAUUCAUAUCGUCGUAAGCAUAGAAAUCCUGUAAACAAUAUAAAUGUUGGUCCUGAGCUUCAAGUCACACCUGUUCGUGGUGGAGAUAUGGGUAUGCAUUUCAAUUCAAUUGUUGAAGAGAAUGAUGAGAAUGAAGAUUUAGAUCGUGUCCGUCCAGUUGAAGGGGAAGUAAUUGACAGUGAUUUAGCAACCCAAGGAGGUUAUGCAAUCGUAACGACGUUGGCAGCUGCCCCACCCAAAGAAAUCUGUUACGCGUGUGGCAGCGGUGGAGGUCAGUUAUUGUUCUGUGUAUCCUGUGCUGAACCUUUCCAUUUCUACUGUAUUGAACGACAAUUCAGACCUCGUAGAAAAGAACAUUUUAUAUGCCGAAAUUGUACUACAUGUAAAGUUUGUCGUCGUCCAGCUUCAGAUCUACGUUGUAUACGUUGUUCUACUGGUUAUCAUCCAGAUUGUUUAGCUGAUUUUCCUCCAGCUAAAACUAGUCAAAGAGGGUGUUGGACUUGUCCUGAAUGUUCAAUUUGUUUACAUUGUGGAGUUAGAGCUUGUAAACCAGCUGAAACCAGUGAUGGUACUACACCUAUUUCAACAGUUCGUGGAAGUUAUACAGCCUGGUCACAUGAAACAAAUAAAUGUGCUGCUUGUAGUCAGGCAGAAUCUAAAGGUGAUGUUUGUCCAGAGUGUGAUCGAGCUUAUUUACCAACCACUAAACAAAUGAUCCAAUGUGAUAGCUGUCAACUUUGGAUGCAUCGAACAUGUACAAAAUUAACUGUUGAUGAAUAUGAAUUAAUUGCAAGAAUGCCAGCUGGACAAUUGAGUAAAUUUGUUGUCACUUGUUCUAUUUGUCAAAAAGAACAAAAAUCUCAACAAAACAAAUCAAAUACCUCACGUAAUAAUAAUACUGAUGCUUCAUCUAAACAACAAUUAGAUUUUACAGAUCAAACUGCAUCGGAUGAUGAUGAUGAUGAUGAUGAUAAUGAAAGUGAAUUGAGUGAUGAGAAUAAAGAUGAUGCAGAUGACGUGUCAAUGACAAGUCGAAGUAAACAUUCUUCCCAUAAUAAUAAUAAUAAUAAUAAUAAUAAUAAUAAUAACAAUGAUAAUAAUUCUAAUCCUAAUCAUAAUGGUGCAAGUCAAUUACGUAUUUUAGCACAAGAUACACUAAUGGAAAGAAUGGCUGGUUUAGUGCAAACUUGUCGUAAAUCGAAUCGUAUCGAUCAUCAUAGUGUUGGUGGUGGUGGUGGUGGUGGUGGCAGUAAUUCAUCAAUGAAUUCACCAUCUUCAAUUUUUUUUCAUAGUCCAACGAAUACAAUGGCUAGUUCCAGUGGAAAAUCACCUAGUUAUUGGAGUAAUAAUGGUAAUUAUAAAGAUGAUACAACAACAGGUAAACAAUAUCUACCUCAGUAUGAUGGAGUAUGUGAUUCCGAUUCUGGCGAUGAAUUAACUGCUGCCGUUGAAGCUGCUGCUUCUUUAUGGGAACCAACUGUUGUAGAACAUGCAAAAUUCGAUUCGAUUACAGUUAAUUCUAUGCCUAUUGUAGCAGCAUCAGAUAAUUUAAUAAACGAAUCAGUUGAUCAUCAUCAUCAGCAACAUCAUCAUCAUCAUUCUGAUAAUUUAUCAUGUGAAACUGUUUACAAUAAUGACACGUUUAAUAAUAAUAAUAAUAAUACAACUGAUGUUUCUUCAGAUCCAAUUGAUGAUAAUCAUAACUUAUUAUCUUAUUUAACAUCAUCAUCAUCCACAACAACAACAACAACAACACCACAAUUAUGUUUACCAAUUGAUACUCCUUAUAAAACAUCCAAUAUAAUAAUGGAUGCCAUUAGAAAUACAUGUGAACAUUCUAUUCCGCCAAAUGAAACUCUAUCUAUUAUACCAAGUCAACAAUUACCACUUACUGUGAAUACAUCACCAUCACUAACAUCAUUACAUAGAACUGAAUCUAGUCUAAUUCAAGAAUCAUCAAUGAAUGAUGCUAAUUUGCAUCAAACUAGCCGUAAACGGUAUAAUUCAUCGAAUUCAUCCAAUUCACGGUAUUAUCAUCAAAUUUGUUCAAAUCCACCACCGAUCAAUGCACAUUGGUUGGUUGAUAAUGAAUCAGAACAACUUUGGACAAGUCCGCGCUCAUUAAUUUAUCGUUUACUUACGAGAAUUCUUCAACGUCUGUCUGCUCAUCCAGUCAGUUCACCAGCAGCUGUCGGAUUAAGAAGACUUCUUCGUUGGCUAUCUUCUAUGACAGAUAUUCUUUUUCCAUGGCUUAAUAUAAAUGAAAUGGCUAGUGAUGUUCGUGAUAUUCUACGUCAAUCCAAUGGCAACUUCAGUGAUGUUGUUAAACAUUUUCAUGAACGUUCAUUAAUUGAAAUUCAUGAAUUAAUUUGUCCUGUUAUAGCUCGUUUAAAUGAAAAUUGUUCACGUAUUCGAAAUCUUACAUCUGGUCAAAUUGUGAAUAGUGUAAAUUCUAUUUCAACAUGUUAUUUACACAUUCGUGAACAUUUAAAAGAAUAUCAUCCAAAAUAUCAAUUGUAUGAAUCAUCAGAUAUGGAUCCUUUAGAAUUUACUAAACAAUUCUUGUCUGUAUGUAAACGGUCUCGUUGUCAACGUCCACAUGAAGUGGAAAUGCUUGAACAAAUGAAACAAAGUGCUCGUGAUGAUCAAUGGAUUGAACAUUGGUCUUCAAUUGAAGAAGAAAUGGUUGUAAAGAAAUUUCAAAAUCAUUUAAUCAAAUUGUACAGAAAACGUCUACAUGAAUUAUCAAUCACAUCAUCAUCCAAACGUAUAGAAAGUAGUAAUCCAACUAAUAAUGAAUGUAAACCGAUUACAUCUGUGUGUAAUUCUUCUUCAGACAAUGUAACUGAUAUGCCGAAUAGUGAUAGUAAUUCUGAAUUAGUUCAGUUAAAUUCAACAAUUGACACCGCUAUUAUAGAUAACAAUCUAGAAUCAUUUAAUCCUAAUGAAAUGAAUAAAAAUGAUCAUGAAUUCGAUAAAACAAAUACAGUAAUAAUAAAUAAAGAAGAAUUAAAUCAACAAGAUUCUAAUAUUCCUGUAAAAUCAUUAUCACUUAUCAAAGAUGAUAGUGGUGAAAAUAAAUCCACCACAGAUUUGUUAACUUUAAAUUGUGAACGUUAUUAUUUUGCUUUGGAUAAAUUUUGGAAUGAAGAAGAGAUAAGAAAACCAAUUGUUUUAUCUGGUCAUAUUCCAUCAUUUCGUUUAGUUGAUCUUGAUGAAGAAGAAGAGUUGAAUAAAAAAGUUACCGCUGAUGCUUUACGUAAACAUUUAAUUGAUGAUUUGUCAGAUGAAGAUCCAAGACGUUGUUUAUUAUGCGGUUAUCAUGGAGAUGAUAAUAUUGAAGGACGUUUGUUAUACACAGGAUCAGAUACUUGGGUACAUAUAAAUUGUGCCUUAUGGUGUAAUGAUGUUUAUGAAGAGGAUUCCGGCGAGCUAAUUGGUUUGUCAGAUGCUAUUCGCCGAGGUCGUACCAGCAAAUGUACCGAUUGUGGUAAAUAUGGUGCAACACUCUAUUGUUCUAAUCCGAAAACGGAGAUUUGUCCUCUAGCAAUGUUAGUGUCAUCCAAUAAUUGUGAUUUAGACUGCUUUGGUGCUGUACAUUUUUCUUGUGCUCUCAGACGUUGUCCUCCAUUGCCACGUUGUGUUUUUACUGCUGAUCGUUCUUGGUUUUGUUCUCCAGUCUGUCAUCAUACAGUUAUGAAUCAGCGCCUAGCAGAAGCUUUACAUUCACUAAAAAAGUCAUCUAAAGGAAAUCAUGACAGAAAAUUCGGAUAUCCUGAAUCAUGGGAUCAUUCGUCUGAUGAAGAGUUUUCAAUUGAUUCAUGUAAUCCAGCUGAUUUUAUAGAUAAUCCUUCAUUUGCAGCAAUGGAAGAAGCUAUUGCUGAUGAUUUAGAACCAAUUGGUCUAGGAGAUUUACUUGUUUGUCGUCGUGUAUUUGUCCCAUCCGAUUGUUUCGCAGCAUCAGUGUAUCCUCAGUCAAUAAGUGGAAAUCUUAUUUCAAAUAAUCUACUUAUGAGUGAUAAUGAACAUUCUGAAUUAAUAAGAGCUGCAAAAGAAGCUGUAUCUACACUUUCAGUCUCACCAAAUUCACUUUCCUUUCUUCGUAAUAAUGGAAUUUCUGCAAACAAUCUUGUCAUCACUGUAGGAUCUUUACGUGUUGAUAGAUUGGGAGAGGUUCGUGAAGCUUCAGACUCUUUGGCCAUGGCUAGAUGGAUUCCAGGCUCUUUGGAAGAACGUAAUACAGUCACACAAAGUAAUUUCUUGUGCCCUAUAAACUAUCGCGCAAGGCGAAUCUAUUGGAGUUGGUCAAAGUUGGAUUCUCGUAUACCGUAUACUCUUCAAGUAAAACAAAGUCAAACGGUACAUACAACUUCUGGUUACAUGGAAGCAUGUCCUACUUCGCAUCCAUCUUCUCAUACAACUGCCAACUCUAAUAAAUCUUUUCUAUUGUCCAAAUUGCCUGUUGGAAAUUCGAUUAAUCUAACUCCAGCUCAUAAAAAUCCUCGUUUAGUGAAUAUUGAUCAUCGUUUCAGACAGCUAGCUCCUUCAUUAAACAAUAAUAGAUCUUUACCUCGUAUCUUCCCGUCUAGUACUAAUUCUAUUCUUUCCAUUACUCGUAAUAAUAUUAACAAUAAUGUUAAAAGUAUUAACAAAACUGUAUCUUCAGUUCAAGAUUCUUCCAAAAUGUUAUCAGCUAUUCUAACUAAUAAUCCAUCGGUUAUUUCUUCUCAAACUGGUUAUGAACAACCUUAUGCAAUAGGUCAUCAUCAUCCUAUUGGUGGUCAUUUAGUGAAUAUCACAUCCUAUUCAAGUUUACCAGUUAGUGGUUAUCAGUUUGUAUCGAACACAAUGAACAAUUCGAUAAAUCAAGGACAAAUCAUUCAAUCGUCUAAUUUAGCAACUGGUCAAAAUUCAUCAUUGAAAAUACUCAACACUGUAUCACUUUGCCCUCCAUCAAAUUUACAACAGAAUUUGAAACAACGGCAGCUGUUACCAACACCGCAAAAGCAUAUGAGCCCAGCUUAUAUUACGUCACAGACACCUACUACAUUCGAUAGUAUAAAUAGUAAUACACUUACGGAAUCAAACUACAAAAUUGGAGUUGAUUCUGCUAUAGUUCCUGGUAAUGCACAAUUCAAUAAAACUAAUCGUAUCAAUAUGAUUUCUGUCAAUAAACAACAAACACAACGGCAACAACAAAAAUCUCAAUCAAAGAAUGUAUAUAAUGGAAAAACAAUUAUUUUACCUAAUCAAUUUCAGUCAAAUAUUAUCUCUGUUAAUAGUAGUAAUCAUAUUAACAAUACUAGUAAUUUAACUUUAUCUCCUGCACUAAUCCCUAAACAUCAAUAUAAUGGUGAUAAUAUGGUUGUUACAUGUCCUAUUGGUACUCCUGUCAAUCCGAUUACAAUUAAUACAACUAUGAAUAAAUCAUCAACUUUAUCACAUAAUAAACCUAUCGGAACCACUGUUAUACGUAUACAAAAUGUUCAUUCUAAUCAAAGAGGCAGCAUAUUAACUACACCAACAAAAGAUACACAAUUAGCAACACAAUUAGAUGGUUUAUUCGAAAAUAUUAGUCAUGUCGGUGGUGGUGGUGUUAGUCAAAAUAAACGAACCAUAGUUUCACCAAAUUUAUCAUCCAAACCGGAACAUCAACUACUUCCUCAAUUCGAUGGUACUGGUGAUGAUAAUGAUGAUCCAGACUAUCGAUCUGGUUCUAUUCGUAAACGUUUGCAUAAAACUCGUUCAUCCUCUUCACUUGCCUCCUCUGAUAGUUCAUCAUAUUCAUCUAGAACAGCAGCUUCUGGACGUAGUCAAUCACAAUUACCAAAUAAUCGGUUGCAUAAAAAUGAAUUGUUAAUUAAAGCAAGUAAAAAUGCUCGUGUUACAACACCUGAUCCUUCGUCUACUAAACCUUCAGGAAAACGACGUUGGAUUGAAGAUCGUAUUCGACAACAAGAAUUGGCUCAUUUAGUAUCGAAAGCUAAACAAGCUAAUCAUGCUCGUCUUUAUCAGAAUGAAGUUGAGAAACAUGCUAGAUCAUUUCGUCUUACCUUUUCCAUUGAUGGUAUCGUACGUUCAGCUAAUAGUCCGAUGGCUGCUUGGCGUGCAGUCAUUAUGCGUGUUUCAGCACUACGUGAAAAACAAGGACUAAAGCCGCUUAUUUGUACAGCCAUUGAUGGAUGGACACAGUUUGGUUUAAAUCAUCGUUAUGCCAUAUUUCUAAUUGAACAAAUGCGUGGAGCGCUUCAUUGUUAUCGUUAUAGAUUUCGAUAUCAUUGGCAAAAGAUCGAUCGAUUACGUCAAAAGUUCACUCCUCCUGUACCUUGUUCUGAAGGUUGUGCUCGUGCCGUCCCAUGGACUAAACCUCGUCGUCCACGUAACCAUGCCCAUGACCCUCUUGGGUUUCUUCAUUGUAAAGCUAAUCCUCCUCCACGACCUUUAGUUAGCGCUAAUGAUGAUAAUCUACUUCCUUAUAAUGAUCCAUGCUUAGGCAGUACAAAUGAGCCAACUAAACUGUUAUCUCCUAACGAACAAGCCACUUGUAGAGAAGCUGCUCGUCAAGCUGCUCUUUUAGUUGCAACACAACUUAAGCUUCCUCAACGUUUGCGUAAAUCAUGUAUAGCCAAAGCGGUUGUACGUGCAACUGGCAUACCAUUACAGUCUACACCACCAAAAUCAGCAGAUGGUAACGAGUCAACCAAUCCUACUGAUCAGUUGUUUGGAAUAAAUUAUUCUGAUGAUGAAGACAACUGCUCAGUAUCCUCGAAAUAUGACGAUGAAGAAGGAGGAGAAGAAGACGAUGAGGAUGAGAAUGAUGUAGGAACAGUUGCUACACAAUUUAGUCGAUUAUUAUCUGGACCAUUGGCUCGAUUUUAUCAUGUCUCUGUACAUCCAUCACGUAUACAUGGUCGUGGUUUAUUUGCUUUACGAGAAUUUCGUGAAGAUGAAAUGGUUAUUGAAUAUACUGGUGAAUUAAUACGAAGUAGUAUUUGUGAUGCUCGUGAAUUAAAAUAUAGAGCAACUGGUGUCGAUUGUUACAUGUUCAGAAUAGAUCCAGAUUGGGUGAUUGAUGCUACUUACGCUGGAAAUGCUGCACGAUUUAUCAAUCAUGCAUGUGAUCCUAAUUGUUAUGCUAAAGUUGUGUCGAUCGAUGAUAAAAAGCAUAUUGUUAUAUUAGCUCAACGAAAAAUUUAUCCUGGUGAAGAAUUGACGUAUGAUUAUCGUUUCCCCAAAGAAUCCGAUAAAUUACCGUGCAAUUGUGGCAGUUAUUCUUGUAGAAAAUAUUUAAAUUAAUUCUUUCUAUCAUUUAUCAUCUAUACGGCAAAAAAGAUAGGGAAAGAUACUACUUUUAAUUUCUGUUAUAUAUUAUAAAUAUCUCUGUGUACCUAUGUAUGUAUUUAUGUGUGUGUGUGUGUAUUCUUCUACUGUUUCAAUCAUUAUACACAGAGUUAGUUGCCUUUUUCGCUUUGUUCUGUUACUUUUUUAUUUUAUCUACCGGUUGAAUGUUAUAUAUAAAUAAAUAUAUACAUAUGUAUAACUUGUCAGAUUUUAUUGAGAAAAAAUUCCACUGAAAAAUCAUUGUCUCUUUUUAUGUACAAAAAAUUAUGAGGCUACAACAAAUCACCUCCUCCUCCUUUUUUAUUUUUAAUUUCGUGCAUUUCAUAAUUUUUUUUGAAAAAAAAGAAUAUUAUUAUUAUUAUUAUUGUCAUUAUCGAAUUGUAUUAUUCAUUUGGUUUUUUUUAUGUAAACGAAACAAUAGUAGUAUGUAUAUUUCAUCACUAUUAUAAUAUAUAUUAUAUCUAUCUAUGUAUGUAUAUAAUUAUACUG